AUGGGGGCCGGAACAGAGGACGAGAAACCUUCUGAGCUUCUUCUUAAAUGCCUCGACAACGAAAACAAACCGGAUUUCCAUGAUCAAGUCGAUGUAUUGUGUUGUGAUGAAGGAACGCUACUUCAUCGUGCCGUUGGAUUGGAUUCUGCUGAUUUUGUGAGUGCUCUUCUGUCGAACGGGACAAAUCCUUGUGUGCAGAAUGAGGAGGGAAGAACACCUUAUCAAAUGUGCAAGUCGGACGUUGUGCGUAAUGCGUUUGUUCAAGAAGCACUUCGUGCCAUCACGUUAUCAAAGUGA